CGGGGAGAAGGAGGGACACUCUGCGGUCAGGCUCUGCUGGCAGGAAGAGAUCAGUCCUCAGCUCUCCUGCAGACGACAUGGUGCUGGAGAUCCUAGCCCGGGUGAUCAAGGUGCAGCUUCCCGCCUAUCUGAAGAAGCUGCCCGUGCCUGACAGCAUCGCCGGCUUCAUCCGGUUAACGGUUUCAGAAUGGCUGCGGCUACUGCCGUUCCUUGGGGUUCUCGCUCUGCUAGGCUACCUUGCAAUUCGACCAUUCCUACUGAAGAAGAAGCAGCAGAAGGACAGCUUGAUCAACCUCAAAAUCCAAAAGGAGAACCCAAAAGUGGUGAAUGAAAUUAAUAUUGAGGACCUACAUAUUGCCAAAGCUGCCUACUGUCGAUGCUGGCGCUCUAAAACGUUUCCUGUCUGUGAUGGCUCCCAUAACAAGCACAAUGAGUUAACUGGUGACAACGUGGGCCCACUUAUUCUCAAAAAGAAAGAAGUAUAAUAAAUGUCAAAUUCUGCCACUAUUUAGGAAUUAUAGGAAUUACUGACCUUGUCCAGUAUAUAGAGUCUUAAUUUUAAGGCUUUUUGUGAGUUCUGUUAAUGUCCUUGACGCCUUAUUUGAUGGACUGUACAUGGAAAAGUGUUUGCCCCACUCAAAACUGACAGUGCUGUGCCUAAAUGCCAUAAGUGGAAAUCUCAUAGAAGAAUCGGGACUGUCUGUGGUGCAGGCGGUGACCAGAUGAUUAUUAUAAUAUAUUUUUUUUUGUAAGUACUUCACAGUAAAAUCUUAUUCCAACAGAGAACCAAAAAUUCAGUCUUUGUUCCCAUACAAUUGUGUCUAAUGUAAUGUGAACAGAGGGGGUGCGGAUCCCUGGCAUAAACCUGAUGCCACUGGUGUCCGCCUUCUGACAAGAACAAGGGAACCAGUUCUUUCAUGGCUGAACACUGUAAAGGAUGUGGCUGUUCUCCGUAGCGUGCAGCACUUUCUGCUUUCAGUUCUGCUUGGGGCUUGUCUUACAGAAACAGAGGCUUUUUAUGCGUGUAGUUUUCAGCAGCAUUAAUAGUGCAGGUAUCAAAUUUGAGCCUUUCAGCCAGGAAACAAAUUGCUAUUAUAAAGUGGACCAUGGUUAUAGUGAUCGAGCUUCACAAAAUGGCAGCCAGUUUUCUGUAUCACAAUCUGUGCUUCAUAGCGUGCACUGUGUUGUCUAGAAACAGUGGGGGAGAUUUAUCAACUGGUGUAAAGUAGGACUGGCCUAGUUGCCCACAGCAACCAAUCAGAUUCCACCUUUCAUUUUUUCACAGCUCCUUUGGAAUAUGAAAGGUGAAAUCUGGUUGCUAUGGGCAACUUAGCCAGUUCUACUUUACACCAGUUUGAUAAAUCUCCCCACGUGUGUGUAAAAUACUUGGUAAUUUGCUCACCUGAUCAAUACUGCUUAUUGGAAAAUCAGUUGCACCACCACUGCUCUACCCUGCCCGAGUCGUGGGAGUCAUGUCCGGAUUGCAAAGAAAUUAGUAAAAUGGGAAAUAGUUUACAGCAUGGGUGCUUGCAGCCCACAUCCAACUAGACAAGAACACGGCUUAUAAUCUGCUGUGUUUCUGACCUGGAUUAAUGCUCCUGCAGUCUAGGUCGGGUCCCCAGCUGACAAUAACCUAGUGGAGAAACCUAGUGGAGAAGAUAGAAAUGUAUUGCUUCCUCUAUUGGACUCGGCGACCACAUGGAAAAGCAGAGCCGCUGGGUCUUAGCGGACCCUGAUCAGCUUGCUAGUUUACAGUGCUCCCACAGGGGGCUGUUUUCACCUUUUGGAUGCCCCAGUUACAGUAAACAAAAUUGUGUGUCCCCCAUAAGUUCUUGAGGGGAAUUUUGUGCGUAAAAUAAAAUACAACUAAAAGAAAAAAAAAACACACCAAUCUCAUUACUCCCUAUUCAUGCAAAUUUAUACAUAUUAUAUAUCAAAACGACAACACAAACUAGGGAACCCAGCCAAUGGCAAGCGGUGAUGUGGACGAGCCUCCCUAGCAUCGCGGGUGACAAUAGGGAGGCUUGUUACCGACGCGGCCUGCAAUGGGCUGCCUCCCAGCGCCGGAUGUUUUAAUCCUUGCAACAAGGAGAUGCUGCGGCGAUCGUGCAGGAUUUAGAAGCAACGCGGGUGCCGGGGGGCCCAGGCAUAUUGGGGGGGGUUCAGGUUUUGGAUAACCCCUUUAAGGUCUUUUCAGUACUGCUCAUUAAAGGGUUAACCAAUGAGUGCUUUCCCUGCUAGUAAUGAAAUUGCUUACUGGUUAUUGCUGAGCAUCAGUCACACAGAUAGAACCUAUAACUGAGGGACAGGAGGCAGUUAUAACCAGUGAGGGUCUUCCUCUGCGGUGAAGGAAAGCGCUCAUUUAUGAAUACGGUGUAGAAUGACAGGGAAGGAAAUGUUUCCUCUUAAAGGGGUUGUCUGGGAAUACAUACCGUAAUUUCUAAGCGGUGCUGUCAGCCUGCCCCCCUUAAUGAAAGGAUCAUAGUAGGAUAAUCCUGCGAUGCUCCCUGCAGCCCCAGUCCUUCUCGCUGGCUCCUACAUCUCCAUCUUCAGGGGAGGAACCUGUUAGAAAUGGGGUAUUCCCUUAUAACCUCAUUAAGGCCCCAUUACACCUCACCGUAUUCGUCCAAUUAACAGGAACAAGCGUCCAUAUAAGAUUGCUGCCGAUCAGCCAAUAAACAAGAAAAUGCUCCUUUGUCAGCUGAUUGAUGAAAGCCGCACAAUUGUCUGCAGCACAUCUACAUCUCCAUGUGUAAUCAGUCAUGUACUACCAAUAAUCAGUAAAACUUCAGUGACAAUCAUUCCUCCCCCAUUUACCUUUCACCGGCCUGUGUAAUUGGCUACAUUUUUGUGGCCCCUUAAAUUGACCAAAAUGACUGCAGCCCCAGACCAAAAAAGUUGGGCACCCCUGGGUUACAGAGACAGAACUGCUGCAGUUAAUAGAUUUAUUGAUAAUACACCCAUACAGCGCCGAACUAUCACUCUCAUCAGGUAUUUCUUUACCUAUGUCUACCAGCCCCUGAAUUUUCUGCUAUUUUACAUUUUGCUUUGCAGUUCAGUUUUCUGAAUCAUCUUUGUGUACGUGUGUAAUGAGAAAAAUAUUUUGUCAUUGUGGUAUAGAGGGGACAUCCAUUCACAAUGGUCCAGUGGAUCCAACUUCUCUAUUGUAGAGGUUUUCCCGGACCGGCCUUUGUGACAGUACAGCAUCAGUAAAUAGGGGUUAAGUUCUUCUGUUAUCAUACGUUAAUAUAUAGUUUGAGGUUUGGUGUUUGUAAUAUGUAAAUAGAAUUGUCAUCCUUUUUAUAUUACAGAAUUGGAAGGUAAAAUAAAGUUGGCACCAACACUGAAAAUCU